UCAGCGCCGCAGCGCAUGCGCGCUGGGCGCGUUCCUCCCGCUUCCCUGCGUGGCUGCCCCGGUGGAGCCGGGCUGGGUUUGUUGCUGCUGCCGCCGCCGCCUUGUCUUGCGGGGGAAAGGGUGCUCCCGCUGGGAGCGGGCCGCGGGAGGGCGGCUGAGGCGGGGGGUGUGGGCCUUGCCCUGCCCGUGCCCAGACCUGUGAGGGAAGGAGGCAGGGGCCGCGGCGGCGGCGGCAGCAGUAGCAGCAGCAGCUUCACCAUGUCGGCGGCGGGCGGCGGUGCCUGCGGGCCAGGCGGCGCGGCCUGUGGCGGGGUCGCGGCCGGGUCGACCUCAGCGGCGGGUGGCGGGGUGUCCAUGUUCCGCUGGCUGGAGGUGCUGGAGAAGGAGUUCGACAAGGCCUUCGUGGACGUGGACCUGCUGCUGGGCGAGAUCGACCCCGACCAAGCCGACAUCACCUACGAGGGGCGCCAGAAGAUGACCAGCCUCAGCUCCUGCUUCGCCCAGCUCUGCCACAAGGCGCAGACCGUGUCCCAGAUCAACCACAAGCUGGAGGCACAGUUAGUUGAUCUGAAGUCUGAACUGACAGAAACACAGGCAGAAAAAGCAGUAUUGGAAAAGGAAGUGCAUGAUCAGCUUUUGCAACUCCAUGCUGUUCAACUUCAGCUGCAUGCCAAAACUGGUCAGAAUGUUGAUUCUGGGGCUAUUAAGGCAAAACUGUCUGUCCUUUCUGUGGAUGAAAUGGAGAGAGAACUUGAAGCCAACAAGAAAGAAAAAGUAAAAGAAGCUCAGCUAGAAGCUGAGGUGAAGUUACUGAGAAAGGAAAAUGAAGCACUUCGUAGACACAUAGCUGUGCUUCAGGCUGAGGUUUAUGGAGCAAGAUUGGCAGCCAAGUAUUUAGAUAAGGAACUAGCUGGAAGGGUCCAGCAGAUUCAGUUACUGGGCCGAGAUAUGAAAGGACCUGCUCAUGACAAGCUCUGGAAUCAGCUUGAAGCAGAAAUACACCUUCACCGGCACAAAACUGUUAUUAGAGCUUGUAGAGGUCGGAAUGAUCUAAAACGACCAAUGCAAGCACCACCAGGACAUGAUCCUGAUGCCUUAAAGAAGAGUCAAGGUGUUGGUCCAAUCAGAAAAGUUUUGCUAGUUAAAGAAGACCAUGAAGGACUAGGAAUUUCUAUCACGGGUGGGAAGGAGCAUGGUGUUCCAAUACUGAUCUCUGAAAUCCAUCCUGGACAACCUGCUGAUCGAUGUGGAGGGCUGCAUGUUGGUGAUGCUAUUCUGGCAGUAAAUGGAGUUAAUCUAAGAGAUGCCAAACAUAAAGAAGCUGUAACUAUUCUUUCCCAACAGAGAGGUGAGAUUGAAUUUGAAGUAGUGUAUGUUGCUCCAGAAGUUGAUUCAGAUGAUGAAAAUGUAGAAUAUGAAGAUGAGAGUGGACACCGUUAUCGUUUGUAUCUUGAUGAAUUGGAAGAAGGUGCACAUUCAAGUUCUAAUAGGAAAGAUGCAAAUGUGGAUGUCAAACCCUCACAAGUCUUUGAUAAGAAGCCAAGUAUUGAUGGACAUGAAAAUGGAGACCUGGGGAAUUCAGUUGAAGCUCCGUUAGAAGACACUGCACCCAAGUUGCCCUGUUCUGCUGAGUCUUUAUCCUAAAAACAAACAGACAAAAAAAACAACUGGACAGAUCCCGUCUUUGCGAACAAUUGAUAAUCAGUAUUGACUGCUCCAAGAUGCAUAUACUAGUGUAGGUUGUAAAAGGAUGAUUAAAUGUCAAAAGGAACUGUAUUACUGUUGCCUGGAAAAAAGGCGGUUACCUCAGGGCUUCAUUGUGAGCAAUUCUAAAUGUGGAAAACUGUCUUUUGCGUGACACACAGUAGUUAUCUAACACAUGGCAUGUGAAAUGAAUUUUCUUUUAAUAAUAAGCACCAAAGCAUGGGAUUUCUAAAAAGGGUAACUUGAGUACAUUCAACUUUUGAUCUCAUUAAUGUCCCCAAGGAAGCAGAAUGAGAUGUGGACAGCUUCAUUUUGACCCUUUCAUCCUUUAAAGGGACAGAUGAUGUUCAGUUUGGUGUGAAACAAGCUUUAACUCUAGAAGGAUGGAGGGGGAAGUGUACCAUUGCGUCUAUGAAUACUGUACUUAGGAUUUUUGAACUGUAACUUUUAAAAAUAAGUUGUUUUUUUUUUUAAAUUUCUCAGAACAGUAAAAACCAGAGCUUUUACUUGAGCAAAGACCAUCAAAACCCAAAUGGGACAGUGGAGUACUUGCUAAUCGUCAUCCUUCAGCCCAUGAUCAUUUUAUAUGUGAGAUUUUUGGCAUUGUUGUUUUAAUGAAUUCACUGCCAAUUGUUCCAUUUGAAACAUGCUCUGGAAGUCUUUAAAGAGAGUAUUGUGGGAUUUUAAAAGCAAAAUUAGUUUUGAAAUGUUCACAAUUAUGUGGGCCCUUUUGGUAUUUUUUUCUUUUCCCGAGCAUCAUCAAUUUAGCAUUCAUUAGCAUACCAUUGUAUGGUUACUGCUAAUGCAGAGUGGUUUGAGUUGGUCAUCAUUAGCCUGACCUUAUGAAAUGCUGAGUGCUUUUGAUGGGUACUGAACAUACUCAUUUCACAUUAAAAUAAUCUUUAAAGAACUGAAAGUUGAGUACACAGUACUUUACAGGAGGUGCUCAGAAUCAGUCGGUGUCUGGCCCUAUCUGUGUUAUGUUACAGCAGUCAUAUUAACCUAUAACUGUCUUACUGUUGAAACAAAGCGUUACUUCUUUUGUAAGAGCAGUGUAUCUUAAAAUAGUUUUUAAUUGGUGUACAUCUAAAGGCCCUCAGCAUGGCUGCAAAU